UGUCUGUAUUGUGAUCACCAUGAUAUCUAACAGGCAAAAAGGGGUUGGUUGCUAGUAGAAACCCUUGGGUGAAACUCACCCGGCUUUAGUAACCAACCCAACUGCAUAGACUUUAGCCAACCAUGUAGAGGGAUUCCACUGUCUGAGAGACCAAACAUCUAUCACCAUGGUGGAUGUGAAGUGUCUGAGUGACUAUGAAUUACAGAACAAACUUAAUAAGCUUGGAUAUUCACCUGGCCCGAUAUUACCUUCCACCAGAAAAGCAUAUGAAAAAAAGUUGGUGCAACUCUUGGUCUCACCUCCCAGUGUAUCACCUGUGACGAAUGGACCCAGAGAGCUGGACAGAGCUCAGGAUGAUGACGCUAAAGAGCUUAAGACCACUAUCAUUUUGAAAGGAAAUAUCCUUCUCUCAUCAGAAAAACACAAGGGACCCAAAAAAGCUCAAAGCCUCAAGAGUCGUCUUGGAACCCCCACUCCCCAUGGCCCCUCACAGAGACCUGAGGCUUUCACCACGAGACCAAAAGCUCUAGAUAGCUGCUGCCUGGCUUAUAAGCAUUCUGAGGGAAUAAGGCUUAUUAGAAGAGCAUCAAGCACCAGAUUCAAAGAAUGGAGAAGCCCCCGAGAGACAGACUACUGCACAGUGGACAACAUUAUUGAGUUCUGGAACGUAGAAAUGUUUCCAGUGGCUUUGAGGCUUGCUGUGUUUGGCAUCUUCAUCAUUGUGUUAUUUGUCUACAUAACGGUGGAAAGGAAGCCGUUCUUUGGUUAAGUGCUUUAGGACAGAACAAUGAGUGAGCACCUGAGUAUCGGAAAGGAAAGACGUCUCCAAAGGGGGAUGCCGGGCCCCAUGGCCUGCUAGCCUUGCGCUAUGGUGCCCUCACAGAUCUGUACCCAGGCUCAUCAUUUCAAAGCUGAAGGGGCCUUAUGUACUCUCUAGUUCACCACUUAUGUUUCAAGAGAAGAAAACAGGCCAGCGAGGUUGAGGGAAGUGCGAAAAGUCACAAUGAACGGAGACCAGAAUCCAAGGCGGGAAGGGAGGAGGGAGAGAACCAGGCACUUGUGUGAAAAAGCGUAAUGACAGGGACUUCCCCGAUGAUGGCCAUCAUUAAAUGCUUCCACAGUUGGCACACUUCUAAAGAGGAAA